AUGGGUAAAACUAAAUGCUUCUUUCGUGAAGAUUGGCUUUCAAAAAUUGACACAAACGGCCAUGAAAUCAAAGAUUGGGCUUCCAAAUUUUCCGAUCAUGUCGCGUUUUGUAAAGUGUGUGGAAGUAAAAUAAAUGUGGAGAAAGGCUUUCAAGCUUUAUCUCAACACGCAUUGAUGAAAAAACAUAUAACCAGUGCGAAGAAUAAAUUGUCAGCAAGUCAGUUGCAUUUAUCAAGUGGCUCUUUAACAUCAAGUAACCCAUCUACAGGUGCACAAGUCAUUUCUCUCCAUAGUACUAGAGAAAAUGCUUGUAGAGUUGAAUUAUUAUGGACCAUGAAGGUAGUCGCAAGUAACUAUUCAGCAUCAUCAUGUAGUGAUGUACCAGAAAUAUUUAACUGUAUGUUUCCGGGGGCUGUUCCAAAAGAUUUUACAUUAAGCCGUACUAAAUUCAGGUAUCUAUUAACUUAUGCGUUGGAACCAUAUUUCAAAGACCAACUUAUAAGUGAUAUGAAUAAUACAUAUUAUACUUUGAUGUUCGAUGAAACCACUAACGUAACAGGUGCUAAGGAACUUCAAAUUGCGGUUCGUUAUUGGUCUUCUAGAAGUAAUUGUAUUGUUUGUCAUCACUUAAAAACAUUUUUCAUUGGAAAAGCCACUGGUGAGGAUUUAUUUUUUAAACUUAAAGAAGCUUUAACAUCAUUUGAUUUAUCUCUUCAUAAGCUAAUAAUGGUAGGCAGUGAUGGUCCGAAUAUUAAUAAAAAAGUAUUGAGAUUAAUGAACGAAGAGUUGUGGAUUAUACGAAAAAAAAAAUUAAUAGAUAUUGGUUUUUGUAACAUUCAUUUAUUGCACAAUGCAUUUUUAAAAGGAUUAAAAGUAUUUGGAGAAAAUGUAUCAGAUUUAAUUGUAUUAAUGCAUAAUUUUUUUGAUGGCUGGCCAUCCAGAUUGGAAGAUUUUGAGCGCAUCCAAACUGAAAUGAAUAUGCCUAAUUUACGCUUUAUUAAACAUUGCUCAUCUAGAUGGUUAACAAUUGAACCUGCUGCUAAUAGACUGCUUUUGCUUUGGGAUGCUGUUAAUCAUUAUUUUUUAAAAUAUGUGCCACUUAAAGUACAUUCGCUUUCAAAGUCUCCAAGUUUUAUUCGAAUUGCUUCAUUAUUAAAAAAAGAUGCUUUGAUGUUGAAAGCUGAAAUUGAGUUUGUGUUAAUGAGUUCUAAAAUUUUCACUCGUUUUACUGGCAGUUUUCAAAAAACUGAACCAUUAAUACACAUAAUGUAUGAUGAAAUUAAAACAUUACUUUUAACUCUUCUUAGUAGAAUUUGUAAACCACUAUCAUUAACUUCACAAACACCUCUUAAAAUUGACAUAUUAAAUGAAGAUAAUUUAUUACCCUUAUCUGAAAUAGAUUUAGGAAGCGCUUUCAAAACAACAACAUCAUCAAUGAAGGAUGUAGAUCGUUUAAGUCUCAUAAAACAGUGUCAAAGUCAUAUUAUUGCAAGUUGUAAGUAUAUAAUUGAAAAGGCUCCAUUAAGUGGCAAUCGCAGUAUCAUCAAGAACUUCAGAUUUUUAAAACCAUCUGAAAAGUUAUCAACGAGAAGUACUAAUGACUUGUUAAUUAUUGCUAAAGAACUCCCUUUUCAAAAUGACUUUGAUGUAGAUAGACUCACAGAUGAGUGGAAAUUAUUUCAGUUACAAGAUGAAUCAAGUAGUGAACAAAAUAGUUUAAGAAUAGACGUAUAUUGGAAUUUAAUAAUAACUCAAAAAUCUGAGAAUGGUAACCUUAAGUAUCCAUUGCUUAGUAAAGUUGUUAAAGCUGCUUUAUCAGUAUCCCACGGUAAUGCUGAUGUUGAAAGGGGGUUUUCAUGCUCAGCAAAUUAUCUUACAGACGAUCGUGCAAGCAUGUCAGAAAAAACAUUGAAUGCAGCGCUUGUUGUCAAAGAUGCUAUUAAAAUGUAUGAUAAUCGAGCUGCAUUAGUACCAAUCACUCCUAAAUUAAUAAGCUUGGCACAUAGUGCUUACAAUAGAUACAAAAAUAAUUUAGACAAGGAAAAAGAACUAAAAGAACAAAAAAUUAAAGAAAAAGAACAAGAACAAGAAAAAAUACUCUUAGAACAAAAAUCAAAAGAACAGAUACAGAAAGAUAAGGAAAGUAUUUUGUCUAUUGAAAAAGAACUAAGUAAAAAAAGGAAAUUAGAGGACAGUAAAUCAAAUCUUGCAAAAAAGUUACUGCUAGAAGCAAAUCAAAGAUUGAAGAAAGGGGUAGAAGCAAAAAAUUUUUCUGAAAUUGAAUUGGGUCAAGCAAUGCUUGCUGGAGUCUCCAAAAUUGAAAAAGAAAGAGACCAAGAAAAAAAGGAAGCAGAAGAAUUGCAAAAAAAAUUAACCAAACUUCAAAAAAAACUAGUCAAGUCCUGCACUCCAGCCUUAUAG